UGAAUGUGUCGGCUAAAAGUUAUAUCACUUCACCGUCGCUUUUUCAACAUUCUGUGCGCGCCAACCGAUAAUCAGGGGUAAACCUACACGAUAUUUAACUACAAUGGUAAUCCAGCAAGCGAAACAAGUGUGGAAAAAGGCGGACGCUGUCUGUUUUGAUGUAGAUAGUACAGUCAUAACGGACGAGGGCAUCGAUGAACUUGCCGCAUUUUGCGGAAAAGGGAAAGAAGUAUCACAAUGGACUACUAGAGCAAUGGGAGGGGGUAUUUCAUUCAGAACAGCACUUAGGGAGAGACUGGGAAUUAUCGGUGCAACAAGAGAGAAGCUUCAUAAGUUUAUAGAGAGAAGUCCUGUCCAUCUCACACCAGGAAUAAGGGAACUAGUGAAGAGGCUUCAGGAACGAGGCACUGCAGUUUACCUUGUAUCAGGUGGAUUUAGAAGAGUUAUUCAGGGUGCUGCAGAACAGCUUAAUAUACCUGAUGAAAAUGUAUUUGCUAAUAGACUGCAGUUUGAUGAUGAAGGGCAUUACUGUGGCUUUGAUGAAAAUGAGCUCACCUCAGACUCUGGAGGGAAGACCAAGGUUCUGCAGCUUUUGAAAGAAAAGCAUAGAUACAAAAGUUUGGUUAUGAUUGGUGAUGGGGCUACAGACCUAGAGACAUUCCCAUCUGCAGCUGACACAUUUAUAGGCUUUGGGGGUAAUGUUGUGAGAGAAAAGGUGAAGGCACAGGCUCCAUGGUAUGUGACUGACUUCAAAGAGCUUUUAAAAGAGCUGAAUCCAACUUCUCAAAGUGGAGUGAUCGAAAAAGGAACUGAAAAUCUACAUGGAGCAUCAGAACAUCUACUGAAUGGAGUGAAUGGAGCAAGUGAACAUCUAAUCACUGGAGUAAAUGGAAAACACUACAUUUAAAUGGAACAAUACAGUGAACAAAUCUAUCAGGGACACAGCAUUAUUUAUCGUUGAGACAUUUUAAUUAUCUAUGACAAUCUUUUGCGCUAGCCAUUGUGUGCUGAAUUUUACAUAUUAAUGAUAUAAAUUAUUAUUUAUUGACGAUACAAACUAAUUGAAUCUCAUGAAAGAGUUUUUAAAUCUCGCAGAAAAGAAAUUGAAGGAAUUAUUUUUAAGUCAAAACACGUGUUCAACAAUUUUUAGCAGACAUGGUGACUGCGCAGUCAAUUAGCCAAGGAAAAUCAUUUUAUAGUUUGAGGUCUCUUUAGAACACUGUUAGGGACCUUAAGCAACCACGAAGGCAACGGCAACGAGGACGUGGCGAAACAAAGGAUCUAAUUGGCACGUGCAUUUUAAAACUUUCUACUUUUCUUAGCCGUUUUCUGCCAAACAACAACGUGAACAUUUAAGUUGUCCGGAAUGGAAACACCGACGGCAAAUGAUUGAAGUUUAAAUUCGGAACUAACUUCGCUCACUUACGUGAUGCCGAGGUUGAGGCGUGGCGCCACAAGAGACAGUAAAUACAUCCAGCCAUUCACGAAAUUCUUACUCUUAACCUAAAUUCACUUUUUCGCCAGUGGUUUCUUGGUUUUGUUCUUUAUUGGUCUUUUCGCCGUGGUUGUCCUCACUGCUUAAGGUCCCUAUUGUCACGGCGGUACCACUCUGUUGAACAUGAGGCAACAUCGUCAUUUAUUCCAGCAAAGUAUAAUUCAUUGUCUCUACCAAUAUGAUGCUAUUUUCGUGUGAUACAGUAAUUCACGGCAAAUGUAAAGGUGUCUCUUUUUCAAGCUAUUAUAUCUCUUUUAUAAAAGAUGUGAUCAACCAA